AAUCUCUGAGACGAGACCGAGUGCCGCGUGGAUCUCUCCUCAAAAGCUGAGCGUCCAGGGAAAGAGCGUGAGGGAGUCUUUGUGAAUAAGAUUCCACGGAAUUCAAAACAUCUCAGAAAAAAAGAAGCUCGGAGAAGAAAGAACAAUGUCAAGUGCAUUCAUGAGACGAAACUCCAGCAAGGAAGGUUUGCAGAAACUCUUGAGAGUGACGGCCCAGCGAAGUGUCGAAGAUGCAGAGGAGAUCGAGAGAGAAAGGCGACGUCGUGCCCGGGAGGCUUUCCGCAAUCAACACAGCCUGUCUAGAUCUGCCGGGUCCCCUCAGGACAGUGUGAACCCACCUGAGGCCAGCCUCUACGAAAGUGAACUCAAACCCAGCAGAACUAUUACUGUGGAUGAGGAUGAAGGUUUCAGCGAUUGGACCCAGAAGCUGGAACGGAAAAUGCGGCCCAAAAUGGAAGAGAAUGGCAGUGGAGAAGAGUUGCAAGAGAAGGAGAAAAAUGUGAAUGCAAGAUCUAGACAAAGAGAGAAAACCAGCUUCACCAUCUCCAAACAGUAUCAGCAAAUUCAGGACAGGGAGGAAGAGGAGAAAAGACCAGAGAUGAGGAGCGCUGAGAGACGAAUGGAGAUCAGUGAAAGGGUGAGCAGUCAAAGACCAGAGGAAUGGCAUGAUGACACAACCAACAGCAAAAGACAACAGGAAAUAAAACCACCAAUGGAGAACAAGAUGAAAGAGGAGAGGAAGGAGGUAAAGGUGUCAUACACGUCUAAAGUCUUCCUACAGCAAGACAGAACGCCUAAUGGCAAUGGAGAGGCAUCUGCAGAGGAAAUUACAUCACAUCUUAUCAAAACCAAAAGAUCACCAAGCAGGACUGUAGAUGUAGAUCAGUCCUUUGAAACUAAGAAAGACAUGCAUGCCGGUUUGGAGACAGAGCUAAAGCUGGAGAAGAUCAGACAUAUCCACCAGGAAAAGGAGAGCCAGGAAAGGGAGCACCUACGGCAGCGUCAGGCCGAGGCUGAGCUGGGGCUAGAGGAACUGAAAAAGAAGAGAGAGGAACGCCGCAAAGCUCGUGAAGAGGAGGAGCGGAGGAGAGAUGAAGAGGAACAGCAGAAAAUGGCCAAACAAGAGGAGGACAAGAGACAGAUGAAGGAGGACAUUGAGAGGAGGAGGAUGGAAGCGGCAGAGAAGAGAAUGAAGAAUAUAAACAUCACUUCCACAGAUGGUGAUGACCCAUUUAACCCUCUAAACCCCAUCAGUCCAACUUUCAAGAUCACAGAGAGAACAGAAUCACUGAAUCGAUCUUUAAAGAAAAGUAACAGUUUCAAGAAGUCCCAGAGACCCGUACUCCUGCCCAAGAUUGAUGACAAACUGGAACAAUACACGCAUGCAAUCGAGAUCUCGUCUAAAGAAGCAAAGAUGACUAAGCCAGUAGUAGUGGAUAUGCCAUGUGUCUCUGCUCCGGUGGCCUCCAAAAAAAAUCUGUUUGAAGCAGGAGAGGCCUGGAGUCAAACCAGCCUAAAAGGAACGCCCUCAAAGGAUACAGACAUUGUGAAAGUCGGAGUAGCAACUCUGAUCAACCAUUGGGUGAAAGGAAGUCCAGAAGGCGGGAACAGACACUCCCCUUCCACACCAUCUGAUCUUAAACCUGGAGAUGUUCUGCAGAAAAAGAACAUGUGGGAAAUUAUUGGAGAAGGUUCUGCGGCAGAGAAGCCAGGACUGGGAGGAAAGGGCUCCUCCUCGGGUAAACGGUACAAGUUUGUUGUGACAGGCCAUGGCAAAUACAACAAGAUUGAAGGUGAUCAUUACAUUGUCUACCCAAAUGGAAAACCAAAUGAAUUAUCCAGCGAUGACUUGUGAGGAAUUUAAUUCAGCAAUAGCAUCUUUCCAGAUUCACCAAGAACAUAUAAACAUUAACACACACAC